AGUGCCAAACGAAUUAAAACCGACCCGAGACCAUGAUCCAUAUUCCAUAGCAACCCCCACCGAAGCUCCAGUUUAAGGGUUUUAGAGGAGGAUUGAAUAACAAAACCUAGACUCUCAACCCUCCCCACCCACACCGAACAAUCAUGGGUUCAUACAAGUGUGCUCUGCAGCUAUGGAGGAGAAAGCAAUCAGAUUUAGUUGGGGUUUUGCCAAAGAUUUCAAGGGCCUUCCACACCCAGAAGGCAACUUCAGAUCAGCUACUGGGAAUGGUGCAGUCUGGUGUUGCAAGGCAGUCUACUGCUCACUCAAGUCAUUUGACCAGGGUGAGCGCAUAGUUGGAACUGAUGAAAUUUCGGUUCUGUCUGGAAGGAAUUUUACUAGAGAAUUAAUCAAUACUAAGUGGGCUCCAUUACAACUUACGAGAAACUAUGGAGCAAACAAUGUUGUUCCUCGCUUUAGUAGAACCAUGUCUUCAGAAGCUUCACAGAAUCCGCGAAGAAAUCGAUCUGAGACUAAGAAAGACAUAUCCACUGUGGAGGAGCCUUUUGAUGAUGCUCCUACGUACAAUAUCCCUCAGAAGCCACUGACAUUUGUUGAGGGGGCAUCCUAUAGUGUUGUCAUUCUUAUCGGGUUUGGAAUUGCUGGCUUGGCAGCAUAUGCCGUUUUUAAGGAGCUUAUUUUUGAACCAAAAGAGUACAAAAUCUUUAACAAGGCGCUUAAACGGAUUCAAGAUGAUGCUCAGGUUAGAAUGAGGGUUGGAUACCCUAUUACAGGAUAUGGUCAAGAAAGUAGAAAUCGUGCUGCUCGACAACGCAUUCCAAACAGAAUGUGGACUGAUGAAGAUGGUUUAGAGCACGUAGAGGUCAAUUUCUAUGUCCGUGGGCCGCACGGAGCUGGGAAAGUAUUCGCUGAGAUGUUCAAAGACGUAGACAAGAGGUGGAAAUACACAUAUCUGGUUGUCGAGACAACAUCACCUUCCCAAUCACGUCUGAUCCUAGAGUCCUAUCUGCCGGACUACAAGCCAGCCCCCUAGUCGCUCUUCAACAAGGUGUAACAAAUUCCCUAGAGUUUAGUCCUGUUAAUAAUCCCUCUCUCAUCUUUUCCCCGUAAUAUCCUGGAAAAGGGUUAGCGCUGCUCUUCCCUAACUCUCCCAGAACAGUACCGAGCUUCAACUUUCGAAUCCCCCGUCUUUAUUUAUCAACUCACGUGAGAAAGUCAAGAGUACGUUUUUGAUACACAAUGACUCGUUAUUUUUGCAUAUUGUUGUUCAAGUGGUUUGGCCUUUUCAAUUAGAGAACGUGCAUGUUGGUGUUUUAAGCA